AUGGACAGUGUUUAUCAAUCUAAUGCUGGUAUUGCAAUUGAUGACUCUGACUGUUACCAACCAGACAGCUUACCAGAGGCUGUAGAGAGCGUGUCCAAGGCCCAGAAGCAGCAAGCAAGUGAGAUCCAGCAACACCAACAACUCUUGGCCACCCUACAGGAGGAGUUGCUUCAGGCACAAAAGCAUUUAGUUUCCCUAAAAGAAGAGCUGAGGGAGUGUUUAAGGAAGAUUUGCCUUGCCCAGGAAAACCACUGUAAAGGGAAGGCACACACUCAAGAAUUACAGGAAGCUAUUGACGCUACAGUUCUUGAGAAUGUCAGUCUAAAGCAGAUGAUAAAAAGGACAGAAGCAGAUAGGAUAAGAGAAGAAAGAAUGUACAAGGAGUAUGGUGAAAAGAUGGACAAGUAUAAACAAGCGGUUUUAGAGAUGGAAGCCAACUCUCCUGAUCACCGGGAGCUUGCCGAACAGAAAAAGAUCUGUGAAGACAUGGAGAAGAAAAGAGCAGAAUUAAAAGCUGAGGUGGAAAUGGAUGAAGAGAGUGGGGAGCUGUUAGCCAAACGUAGACUGGAGGAUGAAUUACAUCAACUACAAAUUACCAAAGCUGAUCGACAACAGAAGCUUAAUCAACUCAAACAGGAGAUUACCAAGGAAAAUUCCAAGCAAGCUGGAAUUCAACAAGAUAUUGAUGUAUUGCAGAAGCGCAACAAGGCGCAGUUGACACGUCUGAAAUGCCAACUUAAAGAAGCACAGCUGAGGAACUGGCAAUGGGGCCAAGAAUCAGAGCAGCUAGAAGCUCAACUGGAACAGCUGAAAAAGAAUGAAUCAUCCAUGGCCCAGAACUGAAGAUGGAUGAAGGAUUGAAACAAAGCACGACAAGACUAGACAUAUGAAAAAGGAAAGCUAGCUCCAGAAGAGAGGCUGGUCUAGUUGAGAAUUACGAGGCAGCCAAGGGUAAAUGAAACACAACUAUCAUAAAAGAAUAUCUUACAAGAAUGACUUUGGAUUGUUUUCUCCCCUAUUCUCUUUUUCCUUUUAUUGGGUGAAGAUAGGGACUAUUAAAUGACUUCUGCACUAAUAAUAAAAAUAAUGCAGUUCUAUAUCGCCUAUAUCACAUUAUGAUGUAACAUCCCUAUGCACUUCCAUAGGACAUAGAGAUCAAUCUGUAAUAUCAAGCAGGGAUGCCAGUUUUCAGGCAAAAGCCUAAAUUCAGGCUCUGGCCAUUUGUUUUCAGGCCAUAGAUUUAGUACUUUCGUGUACAAAAUAUUGUUUUCUAGGUGAUUUUCAGGCCCUCUGAUCAAAUCCGACUGGCAUCCCUAAUCAAGACUGUAUGUUAUUCAGAGUACAGAUUACUCUGCCUAAGUUUAAAAUAUUUGUUCAAUAACAAAUAUUGGCAUGAUCAGGAGGCCAUUUUAUGAAAAGUUAAGUAAAACUUAAAAUCAUGCUAAAGAGCCAAUAACAAUUGAUGCAUAUUAUACUUCAUGUGUAGUCUCAAUGAUGAAAACCUAUAUGGAGCUAUCAUGCAUACUCAGAGCAUUGUCUGACCAAUGCUUUAAUUUUUCAUACAUCACACACAGCUGUGAAUUAAAGUGUGAUUUUCAUUGAUAUAUCACUUAAAGACCCCUGGGCUGAAUUCAGUUUUGAUAUAGCGCUAUUUGACUGAAGCUAAAAAAAAUAAAGACGUAUUUCACACAGUUCUUACUUUGGUGUCUACCUUUUAUUAAUAAAUAUCAAUAUAAACAAUAUUUUGUUUGACAUCAUUAUUAUCAAACAGUUGUAUUCUGUAAUCCACAAAGAACUGUUGGCCAUUCCAUCGUUUCUUUUAUCUGUGCCAUACAUACUAGGCUUACUAGCAAUAGCAAAAUACAUAGAAUUUGUAUCAAAAUUGCUACAAAAUACAAGUGCAACAAAAAUAAAUCAAAAGAUGAAUACAAAAUUGUAAAACUGAAUACAUCAAAUAUGAAACAAAAAAUAUUGACAUAGUUUAAGAUGCAUAAGUCUAUAAUAAACAAGAGAAAGUAAUGAUAUUGUAUAUGUCCAUAUUUUCUUUAUGAAUAUGAUUCUGUUGAGACAUAUCUCAAGAAAAGUUCUGUACAAUAAGUUUUUUGAUAAUGCCAAAUUUGGGUUUGUCAGUUUCUGCAGUUCAUUAUUAAUUUCACUGCAAAUAAAAACUGACUUCCUUUUUUUUUCAAAAUUAAUAUCCCUUUACUGUGUAAAGAAUAGCAAAACACAUCUUAUUCUUCAAAAAAUAAGUUUCCUUAUUCAGCCCAUAGAUAAAGGCAAAUACAAUGUAUGUAUCAAAUGUAUGAAUCAUAUCUGUUAAUGACAUUACUCAUUAUAACUGUACAUACAAAGACAUUAAAUCCGUGAACGUGCAUUAUUUUUCACAAUGAAACAUUUUAAUACGAGGUUUUCAGUCCUAAAUAAUCAUUUAAUGAUUAUUAAAAAUUGUUAUGUCAUAACUUCUGUCCAAGACUAGUUCAAUUCUAUUACAUUAUUUUACAAAAAAAAAAAAACAGUGAGGCAUAUUCUAAUUCAU